GCGGGAUCUCAGAGUCCCGCCAGCGGCUCAGGCGACCUUCCGAGGCAGAACUUCUUGGGGGCGGGUCCCGGGCCGCCGCUAUUGUCUGUGCGCCGCGCUCUGUGGCGCUGGGGGCGUGAGCGUCGCGAAUCCCGGCGCUGGGUGCAAAGACCCGGCCAGGCGCGGGGAGACCCCAGGCGGCGGCAGGCGGAGCCCGGGAGCCCCAGCAGGAGGAGCAGCAGAAGGAGGAGGCGCAGCGGGCGCGGGACUGUCGCCGGAGCCGCGCGGGCCGCGGACGAGCGUGAUGCCGGCGGCGGCGGGGGACGGGCUCCUGGGCGAGCCCGCGGCGCCCGGGGGCGUCAGCGGCGCGGAGGAGGCGGCCAGGCCGGCGGCGGCCUGCGAGGGAAGUUUCCUGCCGUCCUGGGUGAGCGGUGUGCCCCGCGAGCGGCUCCGCGACUUCCAGCACCACAAGCGCGUGGGCAACUACCUCAUCGGCAGCAGGAAGCUGGGCGAGGGCUCGUUCGCCAAGGUGCGCGAGGGGCUGCACGUGCUGACCGGAGAGAAGGUGGCCAUCAAAGUUAUUGAUAAGAAGAGAGCCAAAAAGGACACCUAUGUCACCAAAAACCUGCGGCGGGAGGGGCAGAUCCAGCAGAUGAUCCGCCACCCCAACAUCACACAGCUCCUUGAUAUCUUAGAGACAGAAAACAGCUACUACCUGGUCAUGGAGCUGUGCCCUGGGGGUAACUUAAUGCACAAGAUCUAUGAGAAGAAGCGGCUGGAGGAGUCUGAAGCCCGCAGAUAUAUCCGGCAGCUCAUCUCGGCAGUGGAGCAUCUGCACCGGGUUGGCGUGGUCCAUAGAGACUUGAAGAUAGAAAAUUUGCUACUAGAUGAAGACAAUAAUAUCAAGCUGAUUGACUUUGGCCUGAGCAACUGUGCGGGGAUCUUGGGUUACUCUGAUCCGUUCAGCACACAGUGUGGCAGCCCUGCUUACGCCGCGCCUGAACUGCUCGCCAGGAAGAAGUACGGACCCAAAAUCGAUGUCUGGUCCAUAGGUGUGAACAUGUAUGCCAUGCUGACGGGGACCCUGCCUUUCACAGUGGAGCCUUUCAGCCUGAGGGCCUUGUACCAGAAGAUGGUGGACAAAGACAUGAACCCCCUCCCCACCCAGCUGUCCACAGGGGCCAUCAAUUUUCUGCGCUCCCUGCUGGAACCAGAUCCUGUGAAGAGGCCUAAUAUUCAGCAAGCCCUGGCGAAUCGUUGGCUCAAUGAGAAUUACACGGGCAAAGUGCCCUGUAAUGUCACCUAUCCCAACAGGAUUUCCCUGGAAGACCUGAGCCCAAGUGUGGUGCUACACAUGACCGAGAAGCUGGGCUUCAAGAACAGCGAUGUGAUCAACACCGUGCUCUCCAACCGCGCCUGCCACAUCCUUGCUAUCUACUUCCUCUUAAACAAGAAACUCGAGCGCUAUUUGUCAGGGAAAUCUGAUAUCCAGGACAGUGUCUGCUACAAGACCCAGCUCUACCAGAUAGAGAAGUGCAGGGCCACCAAGGAGCCCUAUGAGGCCUCCUUGGACACCUGGACAAGAGACUUUGAAUUCCAUUCUGUUCAGGACAAAAAGCCCAAAGAACAGGAGAAAAAAGGGGAUUUCCUUCAUCGCCCCUUUUCCAAGAAGACGGACAAGAACCUGCCCGCGCACAAGCAGCCCUCCUCAGCCUCCCUCAUCACACAGAUUCAGAACACCAAAGCGCUGCUGAAGGACCGGAAGGCCUCCAAGGCCAGCUUCCCUGACAAAGAUUCCUUCGGCUGCCGCAGUAUUUUCCGCAAGACCUCUGAUUCCAAUUGCGUGGCCUCUUCUUCCAUGGAAUUCAUUCCUGUCCCACCUCCCAGAACCCCCAGAACCCUAAAAAAAAUGGAGUCCCAUCAGCAAGGGCCUGGGAGCUCCAGCGUUGCCCCCAAGGAAGAUCCCCUGAUGCUGGACAUGGUGCGCUCCUUCGAGUCUGUCGAUCGUGAUGACCACAUAGAACUCCUGUCCCCAUCCCAUCGCUACAGGCUCCUGAACUCGCCAGUGAGCUUGGCUCGCAGGAAUUCCAGUGAGCGGACCCUGUCCCCAGGGCUGUUGUCUGGAAGCACGUCACCUCUCCAAACUCCUUUGCAUCCCACUCUGAUCUCUGUUGCUCAUGAAGAUAAAAACAGCCCCCCAAAAGAGGAGGAGGUGGGUUCCCCACCUCCCGUUCCCAGCAGUGGCCCUGUGCAGCCUCUGGGGAGCCCCAACUGUGUCAAGAGCCGAGGCAGGUUUCCCAUGAUGGGCAUUGGACAGAUGCUGCGGAAGCGCCACCAGAGCCUGCAGCCCUCCGGAGAGAGGCCCCUGGAGGCCAGCAUGCCUCCCCUGCAGUGCCCAGCCCCCAGCAGCCUUACCUUCAACCUGGCUGAUGGGGUCAAGGGGCAGUGUUAACCUAGACUAGCAAGAUGCCGGUUUUCUGUAGGGAAAGCAGCAGAACAGAGCUCCACACAUCUGUCAGUGUGUGAACAAUGACCUCUUCUAUGCCUGCCACGCAACUUCCAAACCGUGGAUCAGCCCAUAUCCACACACCCAAAGCCUGCACAACCCAGCCUCCCCUAGGUGCUCCCGAGAUGCUGGAAAUCACCAGGAGAGCUGGCUGCGGAGGCGGGGGAUUGCAGGCUCGGGCUGUCCCUCCUUCCACCCACUCACCAAGCCCUCUCCUGUCUUACACUGCUGGGCUUGGGGCUGGAAACCAUGCAUCCAACCAGACUGAUCUAGACUGGUACAGGUCUCUCCUCCCUCUGUGCUGUGUGUGCACCUCUCAGUGGUUGCUGUCUGCUCAGCAGUGGGUCCCAGCCUCUGAGGAACCAGCAGCAGGCCAGGUCUGUCCAUGGAGACCAUAUUUCCUUCAGAGUGGACUGGCUUAGGAGUGGUGACCUGGAGCGCUGGGCCCCUAGAACUGAAGAGAAACAUGGAACAGAUCCUCAGACUAAAGAUGGGACAGUCUGGACCUGGAUGGAAGAAAACAGCUAAAGGAAACACUUGUCACAAGAGAAACUUUGGUGAUGGUGAUGGGCACUUGCUGAUGGUUAGGAUUUUGUCCAAAGAAAUUUCUUUUUUCUUGAUGGGAUGAAAUAAUGUGAUUUUUUGAAAUCUGGCUGGAGAAAUGAAAAACAGUCUCACCAAAUUCAUAUUUGCAGGUGAGGAUACAGCUCAGAGGGUAGAAAAGCUGGCUCAGGUGGUGUUUGAUGGCAUCGGACUGCAGUGGCCUGCAGGAGGGGGCAGGAUCCCAGUCGCCCUGUGCUCAUCCUGCUACACCAGCAGAGCCACCAACCUCCGAGAAGGCAUGGAACACAGCUGGCUCUUUACAAAGAGAGAAGGAAUGUUGCAGCAGGGCUGGGUGGCAGGAAGGCCACCGUACCUCUGUGCCACGCAGAUUUCACACUGCCCAGGAACGACUUGUGAUCUGGAGUUGAGCUGUUCUGCUUUGAACUGUGAACAGGCUGGCUAGGCAGGGAACAUGUUCAGAACAGGACACUUCCUUCCUCUGGAAAGCAGCCUCCACCAAACAGGGUUACAAUCCAUGUUGUGUUUUCACACCUUUUGCCAAGGAUCGAACCAAAGAUGUGUCUCCACUUUUGUGACUGUGCUGUCCCUGUGUGUGCGUUUUGUGAACCCUGGUGUUUGACUGCAUCCAACUGGAGCCUGAUGGGUGCUUUCUCCAAGGAAGGCCUGGGACCUGGCCUUUGGUCAUGGGCAGAAUUGCAAGAAGGGAAAAAAUUAGCACCCUUUGAAAUCAGUGGACUGGGAUGGCAUAGGUUGGAUAGCAGUUAAGUUUAGGAGAUGGGUUAUGGAAUGGCCUAGAAUCCUCCGAUAUUUUUUACUUCUGUUUCUUUCCUGUGGUAUUAGGGAUUGAACCUAGGACUAAAAAAGUGCUCAGGUGCUGAGCCAUAUUAUUAGCCCUUUUUAUUUUGAGACCAAAUCUGACUAAGUUGCCCAGGCUGCCUUUGAGCUUUCCAUCUUUUGCCUUAGCAUCCCAAGUAGCUGGCAUAACAAGCAUGCACACCAUUAUUGGAAGAUUCAACUUUUGACCAGUAGAGAUGUGACCUGAGACUACCACUGGGGCCACACCCUUGGGUCAUCUCAGUCCAUUUAUUCCAAAGUGGGCCAAGUCCCUGGAUGAUGGCAAGCCAGCCUUCAUUUUCCAGUGGGGCGCCCUCUGCCAUCGGAGACUUCCGUGGUCCCCUCCCAGGUCUGAGUCAGCAGGACAGACCAGAUCUCUAGUCAACUGUGGAAGUAACCCAGCUGCACUGGCAAGACCUAGAGCUGCUGAGUCCCUUGAAUGGGAAUCAUUCCACCUCUAGGCCAUGAUAGGAGGGCAUCAGUCUCCUUGCUGUUGAUUAUUCCUUUGUGUAGUUUCAAAGCAGGUUCUGAGCUUUACACUGAAAAUGGAGCUUUUUAAGCAGAAAAAGAGAAGAAUCAUCCAGUAGAUCCUCUCUCCUUUUGACAUCACAUACUUGAUUUUCAGUCCCUUUGUCAAGAUGGCUUCCCCUCUAACUGCCCCCCUGAGCAGGCUAGGAGAACGUGUACCUGUACACCAUGAUCCUUGUGUCUUUUUUGUGCAUUUUACUUUCCUUGCCAACCUGUGUGUUUCCGUGUUGCUGUUAGCUCGUGGAGAACGUGUUGAUCAUUCUUCGAGAGCAGCAGAUGUGGUAUCACCAGCUGCCGGGUUGCCAUUGGCAACAUGGACUCGAAGCUCAGGUUUACUCAGAACCAGUGAGUGGAGAGGAAACAGAGGAGAGGGACUAAGCUGUAUUUUUAGUGUAUGUGAGCACCCAAGAAAUAUGAAACUGAGUGAAAGAAAAGAUGUUAAAUUCUUAUUAUUUUAUUAUAUUUAUAUGGAAAACUUGACUCUCCCUUUUGUAAGUACAGAGUGUUGUCUGACUCAUGACUGUCCUCUAGCUAUCCAUGCCUGUGAUUUCAGUCAGCCUAUAGCUACUGAUGGAAAUGACCCAGCUGCCAUGGGGUGAAGUCCAGGAGGAAAAGUCCAUUUUAAUUGUAUGAUUUGGUCAUAAAUAAGGACCAUAUUUAUGUCACCAUUAUUAAAUACA